UUAAAAAGUACUGAAUAUUAAUAAUCAUAUUUUAACUGUAACUGUAUCGCGCUGUUAAAAGAGAGGAUACCGGUGCUGAAAUUUAUGAAGUUCGUUUUUCUGCAAAUGAAUUCCUCAUUUUUUUGAAGCUCUUCAUUGAGAGAAAUUUUUUUUUCUGGCAUAUUUGUGGAUAUUAAUAAAGUGCUAUCAUCUCUGCAAUAAACCUUUUAAAGAACUAAAAGAAAACUCAAAUAUUUCCUGAAAAUGGAAAACAAUCAAGGAAAGACUAAUCUCAUCAUCAACUAUCUCCCACAAAUGCUGACGGAUAAUGAAUUCAAAAAUCUAUUUCAAAGUAUUGGUCCUAUCAAGGCUGCAAAAAUUGUGCGUCAUAAGAGUACUGGCUACAGUUACGGAUUUGGAUUUGUUGAGUAUGUGAGUGAAUUAGAUGCUGCUCGAGCUAUUGAAACGUUGAAUGGAUUUCAGCUGCAGAAUAAAAAGAUAAAAGUUGCAUAUUCUCGUCCAGGUGGAGACAAUAUAAAGAAUGCUAAUUUAUAUCUGCGAGGAAUUCCAAAAACUAUGACAGAAGAACAACUUGAACAACUUUUGUCUCCAUAUGGUGAGAUAAUACAGUGUCGGCUGUUGAAAGAUGCUACUGGUGGUCGAAACAAAGGUGUUGGGUUUGUUCUUUAUGAUCAGCGUAAGCAAGCUGAAGAAGCAAUUAAAAAAUUAAGUGGACAGGUACUGGAAGGUGGCACUGAACAACUUGUAAUUAAAUAUGCUGAAGAUAACGCUAAAAAGGUUCGUGCCCCUAUGCCUGGUACUGUAAAUGCACCGGCUUUUGAUCCUUUUGGUACAGGUAUGGCUGGAAGAUUUACUGCUGGAGGUCCUGUAAGGCAUUCAUUGCAAGGCAGAUUCCGUUUCAACCCAAUGACAAAUAGUGUAGGAGGAAUGGGUGCUUAUGGAUACGCUGCCCCAUCAGCAUUGUCAGUUGGUGGUGAAGGUCACAUUCUUUUUGUAUAUAACAUUGGACCUGAUACAGAUGAAAAAACAGUUUGGCAACUUUUUGCACGCUAUGGAACAGUGCAGAAGGUCAAUGUGAUACGUGAAGGUGGAACAGGAGCAGGCAAAGGUUAUGGUUUCGUGACAAUGCCUAAUUAUGAUGAAGCAGUUCUUGCCAUUGAAUCCCUGAAUGGAUGUAACUUUUUUGGCAAGCCAUUGCAAGUAUCUUUCAAAUCCCAGAAAUGAGAACUUUUAUAACAUUUAUUCUUUUUCUUGUAUUAACAGUGUCAAAAAUUUAUUGACUUGUAUACUUACUGUGUGUUAUAAAUUUAUAAAACAUGUUUGUAGUAUUAUGAACUUCAUAGUUUAUAAUCACACACAUGUUUUUCAUCAUCAAAUAAAUUUAAGUCAUUAUCAUCACA